AAAAGAGAUUGAGUGGGAGGUUCAGGGAAGAGUGCAAACAUCCUUUCCCUCUCUCCCCCUAACCCUGAGGCUCCCUCUCUCUGCUCCUUCCCGGCCGGCUCCGGGGGCACUCAGGAGGGUGACAGGCCAGGUCCUCGAGGCCCAGUCCGGCGGUGGGGGCGCGGCCGGCCGGAGCUCCCUCGGCUCCAGGAGCCGGGUGAGCGCGCCCCGCGGGGGGCUCCGCAGACCUUACAAGGAGUUUGGUGGCGCUUGGGGUGGCCCCGCCCGUCAGGCUCCACCGGCCCCUCCUUCCCGCGGGGUGGCAGCCCGCUGGACGUGGGGCUGAGGGCGCGGACGCCGACGGGUCCGGGGCCGCGCGCGCCAGGGAAGCCUUCGUCCUGCUCCCCUGGGCCCCUACGGGCGGGCGUACUGCACGGGGCCCACCGGCCGCAGACCUGCGUGACUGUCCAGGGCGUCGCCAUGUCCUCGGUGUUUGGAAAACCCCGCGCGGGCAGCGGGCCUCAGAGCACGCCCCUCGAGGUCAACCUGGCCAUCCUGGGGCGCCGCGGGGCUGGCAAGUCUGAGGACACCUACAGCUCCGAGGAGACCGUGGACCACCAGCCUGUCCACCUGAGGGUCAUGGACACUGCAGACCUGGACACCCCUAGGAACUGCGAGCGCUACCUGAACUGGGCCCAUGCCUUCCUGGUGGUGUAUAGCGUCGACAGCCGCCAGAGCUUCGAUAGCAGCGGCAGCUACCUGGAGCUGCUUGCCUUGCACGCGAAGGAGACACAGCGCAGCGUACCUGCCCUGCUGUUAGGCAACAAGCUGGACAUGGCUCAGUACAGGCAAGUCACCAAGGCGGAGGGUGUGGCUUUGGCAGGCAGGUUUGGGUGCCUGUUUUUCGAGGUCUCUGCCUGUCUGGACUUUGAGCACGUGCAGCACGUCUUCCAUGAGGCAGUGCGAGAGGCACGGCGGGAGCUGGAGAAGAGCCCCCUGACCCGGCCCCUCUUCAUCUCCGAGGAGAGGGCCCUGCCCCACCAGGCCCCACUCACCGCCCGGCAUGGGCUGGCCAGCUGCACCUUCAACACACUCUCCACUGUCAGCCUGAAGGAGAUGCCCACCGUGGCCCAGGCCAAGCUGGUCACCGUGAAGUCAUCCCGGGCCCAGAGCAAGCGCAAGGCGCCUACCCUGACCCUCCUGAAGGGCUUCAAGAUCUUCUGAGGACCCUUCCCCAGGAACCCCAGGCUUGGUGGGUGGACAGGACUGCAGUGGGGCAGGGGCUGGCUUCUCACCACCGGCUUUCCCCUCUGAUGGACAGCAGACCCCACCUCCAGCACCAAGCAGUGUCCCUACACUCAGUUCACUGUGCGAGCUGCAGUGGCAGGCAGGGAUGCUGCUUCUGUUCCCUCCACGCCUUGGUCUUCAUGGUAACCACCGCAUCUGUGGCCCUGGAGGGAAACAGCCACUGUGACAACCCAGAGACCUGGGUUCAGCCUUAAGUAGGAAGAAAUUGCAGUGUCCAUCCUGCUGCCAUCAGCCCUUCCUGCUCCAGCUACAGUUGGGCCAGCUGUGGCCCUUGGUGGACGGUCUAGGUGGAUAGCUCUGUCAAUGUCAGGCCUAAGAACCUGCAGAGUGACAGCCCUGGGGUCCUCGCGCCACCUGGUGGACGGGAAAGGCAGGGCGGCUGCCGUUUCAGAGGCCAGAGCCUGGCCCUCCUGUCAUCUGCUGACUUCACAGAAGGCCCGGGCUACAAACCCCACAGUUUAUUCAAGGAAAUCUAGUUAAAAUAAUCCAAUGGACAGCCUGGGCGGGGCGAAGAAGCCCCAGGAAGGGGUAUUUCCAACACUUGAUGUCUCAAUGAGGAUAAAAGGGAGGGGGCUAUGGGUUGUCCAAUGUAAGGAGCCCCAGAGUUCUUUCACCAGCAGACAGAUUCCCCAUGUGUCUUCCCACUGUUAAGGACUCUGUCCAAAGAACCUCAGGACCAGCUCCGUCAAGUUUAAUGAUCCAGGCUGCAGAAGAAAGUUGUCACUCCAGUGAGUUACCCAGGGCUCCAGGGAGCCCACAGCAGCAUCAGACCCAUCCAGGGGCUACAGGGCCUGCCCCCUUGCAGGUGGAAACACAGUAUACCCGUUUGUCGUCUGGUUUGGCAGGACCCAGGACCCUCAGCAAUGAGUCUGAGUGUUCAAAGCCCACUUUAGAACCUAAAGCAUUUUGGGUUAAUAAAGCCAAUUUUUGCAUAUGUUAUUUGGUGGUGUCACCGCAGCUUAUACCAGGACACCAUGGCUCAGACAUGGGAUCAGGACACUCCUUUCAGAUCCCACCGUUGGCAAGAAAAGGCUCUCCAAGGCAGGCAGCGUGGUAGUUGUCUGUGUUUUGUUUACCACACGCCAGGUCCAAGGGAAGUCUUGCACAGACUCUUAGCAGACAAGCAGGGAAAGGAGAGGGCCCUGGUGGGUGGAAGGAUUGGGAAGGGGGUUCUGGGCCUGGAAGCCUGCUUCUUCCCCUCUCAGCAGUCUCAGGACUGCUGUUGUAUUGCAAACAGUAUCUCUGACCCAGUCUUCAGUCUCAUUCUGUAAAUAGAGGAGCUGAGGUCAGAGCAGGGCUGUGAACUACUCAAGACCACAUGCUUGGAGUCCUAGCCAGGCUUCCCGACCCACAGGCCAGCUACGGAUUUUGCACUUUUGCUCCAGGCCACUUGUGUGUGUAUGUGUGUGUGUACCACUGCCAUGUGAACAAACUAUGCAAUACCACCUGCUCACUUCCAGGAGCAUUUUAAUAAAAGAUUUUUUUUAAUAACAGAA